AUGGCUAAAGAGAAAAUUCCUACUCUAGAUGUUUCUCAACUUAAAUCAAUGGAGCCUUUAGAGCACUUCAGCACAACCAAGGAUACCACUGACUAUCUAUGGUUUAUGACAAGUAUAAAAUUAGACCAAGGUGACUUGCCCUUUAGAAAAACGAAAAAUGUGGUUCUUGAAGUAUCAUCUCUUGGUCAUCUUUUGCAUGCAUUUGUCAAUGGAUCUGGGAAUGGAAACAACUUAGCAAAGAGUUUUAUCUUCAAAAAACCAAUAUCCUUGAGGCCAGGAGUUAAUAACAUAUCAAUCUUGGGAGCAACUGUUGGAUACCCUGAUAGUGGGUCUUACUUGGAGCACAGGGUUGCCGGAACGGGAGUUCGCACAGUGUCACUGCAUGGCCUUAACAGUGGUACCGUUGAGCUGUCAUACAGUGGAUGGUGGCAUAAGAUAGGUUUAGAAGGUGAAAAGCUCAACAUUUUCACAGAGCAAGGUUCUCACAGGUUUGAAUGGACCAAAGUUAACAAGGGACCAGCUCUUGCUCUAACAUGGUACAAGACUAACUUUGAUGCUCCUGAAGGAAAUAAUCCUGUUGCCAUUCAAAUGGAAACUAUGUCCAAAGGAAUGAUUUGGGUGAAUGGGAAAAGCAUUGGUCGUUACUGGUCAUCAUACCUCUCUCCUCUAGGAAAACCUUCUCAACCAAUUUAUCACAUUCCAAGGGCAUUCUUGCGGCCAAAGAAUAAUCUUCUGGUUAUAUUAGAGGAAAUGGGAGGAAAACUAGAUGGUAUAGAGAUCCUAACCGUCAAUAGAGACACAAUUUGCAGCAUAGUAGGGGAAGAUUAUCCACCAAAUGUAGAGACAUGGAGCAGAGAUAAGGGUGUGAUAAGGACCAAUGUAAACACUCCAAGACCAACUGCAAACUUGGUGUGUUUGGACAACAAAAUUAUUACUCAAGUGGAUUUUGCAAGUUAUGGUGAUCCAGUGGGAAGCUGUGGACAUUUCCUCCUUGGAAAAUGCAAUGCCCAAAUUAGCCAGAAGAUUGUGGAACAGUACUGCUUGGGAAAGAAAAAGUGUACAGUGCCUGUAGACAAGAACAUUUUUGAUAAGCAUGGAAAUACUUGUCCAGGAAGUUCAAAGACUCUAGCAAUUCAAGCGCACUGCGGCCGUAAAAAUGUGCGAGUGAGAGAGUCUCACUCAAGUUAGAAUUUGAAGAAGGAAGCUAGUGCUGUCAUUUUCAAAUGCAAUUUUAGAAACUUUAGACUGUGUACUUUUUGCACUCUUUUAGCUGUUUAUGAAUAUGAAUAGGAUUUAAUUUGAUCUGUAUAAGACCACAUUUUGGACUUUUAACACAAAUUUUUGGUUCAUCUGGAAAUAGAUAAGAGUCAUCUAGUUCUUCAUGCCACCGGGUUCUCUCAAUGUUACUUCAGAACAAGAGAUUAAUUUUAAAUCAUAUGGACUAGUUUAAGUUAAUGACUUAACCACACCCUCCUCCUUGUAGGCAACCAAAAGGUCAAAAAGAAUAUGAUCUACUUGGAUAAUCAUUAUUGAUCGUGCAUCAACUUCUAAUAAUACAACUUUGUUAUAGACUCUUGACUAUAUAAUAGGGACCAUGAGGAGCAUCCCAAGUACAAAGGAAAAAUAAAAGUGAGGUUAUCACAA